AAAAAGCUAAAAAGACCGUAAAACUGUGAAACAGCUUUUCCAGCUGCUCGUGCGAUCAACAUUAAGUGCAUCGAUACCCAGCGUCUAGUCUUCAUUGCCAAAAGCCCCCCUCCCUAUACUAUCGGUGGUAUCGGAGAAGAAAGGAAGGCAACAAUCGGAAGUGUUCGAUUGAUUAGAACCCUACAGUUGACGCAGCUUAUUUUGUUUUGCAAUAUUACACCCCGAUAAGUAGUCAAGCGCUGCGCUGCUCAUCAACACACAAUGGCCGGAUUGAACGACAAUCCUUUCGGCGAACCGGAGAUCGACAAUCCGUUUGCGGAUCCAUCCAUUCAGCAGAUAACGCGGAACACUACUAGCUUGCAACAGACACUCGAUGACUAUCGACCUUUUGACAAUGACCAGAAUGUGUUGGGAAACAGCAGUGGCACAACACAGCCGGCCACCUUACACCCGUCCACACAAUCCCCUCCGGUCUACAACCAGAGUGGGGCUCAAUUUCAAACCAACAAUAAUGGCGCAAUGGCCGGUGGAAGUAAGUCCCCCGGAAUGACACAAAUCUCCACCGCCGAACUGGAGCGCGCUCAAGAAGAGCUAGAACGCAAGACACGCGAGCUGGAACGCCGGGAGGCAAAUAUUAUGCGGACAUCCAACGAACAAACCAACAAUUGGCCCCCUUUGCCGUCCAUGUGCCCUAUGCAGCCAUGUUUCUUCCACGACAUCAGCAUUGACAUACCAUUCGAGUUCCAGAAGACGGUCCAGCGGCUAUACAAGUUAUGGAUGUUCUACGCGAUAGUCAUGGUGGUAAACAUAUUCGGAGGCUUAGUGAUACUGAUCCAUUCCGGUGAAAUACGCACCUUCGGUCUGAGCAUCUUCUACGCGUUGUUGUUCACCCCGGCAUCGUUCCUUUGCUGGUACCGCCCAGCGUACAAGGCCUUUAAGACGGAUUCGAGCUUCAGCUUCAUGAUGUUCUUCUUCAUAUUUUCCUUCCAAGCGCUCGUUACUACUAUCCAGACCAUCGGCUUUCCUGGUUCUGGUACGUGCGGUGUCAUCAUGGCUGUGUCGCAGUUCAGUUCCGGUUGGGGAGUCGUGGUCGGUCUGUUUCUAAUGUGCAUAGCAUUCGCCUACGGUACCUGUGCGGUCGGAAAUAUUUUUAUGCUGACGAAGAUCCACCAAAUUUAUAGAUCGGGAGAAAAAAUCACUAUGAGCAAAGCGCGUGCCGAGUUCCAAAACGAAAUUUUGGGCAACUCGAUCGUACGGGACGCAGCGGCUGACGCCGCUCGUGCCUCCGUCCAGUCCACCUUCAACAGGUACUAGACGUUAUGCGUCUUUCAUCUUCACUAAUCCAUUAUUACUUCUACUCCUGUUGUUAUUACUACUAUUACGACUAUUUCUACUAAAAUCAUUGAUACAACUGCAAGCGUUCGAUAGCCGGAUGCUUCUCUCCCAAGUCCUGGUCUCUGAUCUGUUCCCUCAACGGAUGUUCCCUUGGGUUUACCUCAAACGAUCGCAACACGGAUAGUUCUCUUUCCCAUUUCCCAAGCACUCUACAAAGAGAAGAGCAAUAUUCAUACAUGCCAUGGCAAAUCACACCAUGGUUCGCUACAUAAUUGCUUCGCAAUGAAAUAACGUCAAUGUAUCACCAUUAUCAAUUGAACAUCCUCCUAGAGCGAAAAUUAGGCUCCCUUGUUUUCCGUUCUUGAUGUUCUAUAGUUUUUCUUCAUAUUCUCUGACUUUAUGACGUGAUCCCCACUUUAUUAGUGCCUUUAGUUCCUGAGUGUAGUGGUUUGAUUUUAUCGCGUGAUAUUUUAUCCUUACUGUUUUCCCGACAAAGCGUUCCCGUUUGUUAGCGCAGUUUCUUGCUCUUCUAUUCGUUUAGCUCUCAGAAUUCCACGUUGCGUGAAUGUGUUGGCAAAGUAUAAGAGAUAACACUUUUGUUUUUUCGUUAGACUUUUUUUUUACCGUCCUUUUCUAUAUCUGAGUUGUCAAGGAACAUAUCGUUUGAGAUCGAUAGAUAGAUAGAUAGAUAGCACCGGUUUUUAAAGAAGCUUGCAGCAAAUCUAUGAUCAGUGUCAUGGUGGUUUAAUUUUCAAUCGGCAAUCAAAGCCACUUUCAGGAAACUUUUAUCCCGCGAUGCAAUCUGUAUCUUGAAAUGAGAUAAUCAGUUUGCAUCUCGAGUUUCCGAAGAAAUUGAUACGGCAUAAGGACCGUUUGAACAAAAACUAAAACUUAUGUUAAGAGGAUGACUGAAAAGCAUAAAAGAUUCAUGGAAAGCCUUAUCUCUUUCAGUAGGUUUUUGUUAUACUGGGAGAACGUUCUGUGAGGACUGCGAAUCAUUUUCAUAUUAUUCUUUUGUUUGAUAUUAUUGUUUGCUUUGGAAAAAGUUGUGUUUCUGGCUCAGAUACGCUCAGAAAUACAGUAAAACGAUUCCCCUUAGUUUAUAAUGAGGUCGAGUUUUUUUUCGAAAUUCUGAGCGCUAACGACGAAAAUAUACAACAAAGUAUGAAAGAAUUCCUAACUGCCUGCUGGCAAUUGCUGUGUUGACGCAAAUGGUGGGAGAUAAAUGGUAAUUAAGCUUGAAAUUAAUUUCGAUGCGUUAAUAAUUAACUAAAAGAAAAUGUUGGCACAUUGAAAAACUUGUCGAAAAUUAGUGACAAGUGCGUCGAAUUGCGCGAUACUAAAUCAAAAAUAAUUACGGAACACUUACUUAUGGUUUAUAUUUAUGUUAGUAUUACGACGCGACAGAAAAAAAA